CAGGAGCGGAGUACUUACUGGCAUCUGCUGCUGUCCGUACAGUGAACUGUUGGUGGUGAUGUGGAUGAAGUAACGGUAUCUGGUUCAUCAGCAUUGGAUGGGAAAUGGCAAGAUAAUUUGUUGUAGACUUUUUUUUUAAACAUUGUAAUUGUGUCGCUUCUUUAAAUCGUGUUAUAUUUCUGUGUUUUGACUUUACGGGGAGAAUCCACAGCAAGCUAGCGCCAGGCUAGGGAGGCUAGCUAACGUUAGCUAACAGCGCUCGGCGUAGUUACGGCUCAGCUGCCGACACUUUCCAGCUUUAUAAAAAGAGACAGGUUUCCGGGGUUCAAACAACGAUGCAGUGAUCACAAUAAGUGGCUGGCUGUAGUCUGAAGGUUAGCGCUUGGCCCAAAUAACUUUUUGAACUCCAGGAGGUUUGCGGUCGCCUUGAGAUGAUGAGCUAAAUUGAUGCUUGGAUUCAAACCAGCGCUGAUCAAACAACUGCAGCGGAGAUGAGUCAACUUUGGCGGCGAGACAUACCCCUGUCGGAGAGGUUGGGGAAUGACUCUCCAGUCGGCUUCGCCCCGGGGUCCCCAGCCACUGUGGCCCCACAAGGAUCCAACUCCUCCUUGGUACCAGAAGCCCCAGUGUUCACACAAGAAGAGCCAAUUUUCCUCAUGACCUCCACUGCUCAAACUAUAUCGGGUUUCUUUGUUUGGACAGCUCUUCUUAUCACGUGUCACCAGAUCUACAUGCACCUACGUUACUACAGCUCUCCAAAUGAACAGAGGCACAUAGUUCGGAUCCUCUUCAUAGUCCCCAUCUACGCCUUCGACUCUUGGCUCAGCCUCCUUUUCUUCACCAAUGAGGAGUAUUACGUGUACUUUGACACGGUGCGAGAUUGCUACGAAGCCUUUGUCAUCUACAACUUCCUGAGUCUGUGUUAUGAGUAUCUGGGAGGAGAGAGUGCCAUCAUGGCUGAGAUCAGAGGGAAACCUAUCGAGUCCAGCUGUGUGUACGGGACCUGUUGUCUGUGGGGGAAAACCUACUCCAUUGGUUUCCUCAGGUUCUGCAAACAGGCAACUCUCCAGUUCUGUGUGGUGAAACCCCUGAUGGCAGUGAUCACCGUCAUUCUUCAGGCCUUUGGGAAAUACAGAGAUGGAGACUUUAAUGUUGCUAGUGGCUACCUGUACGUGACCAUCAUCUACAACAUCUCCGUCAGUCUGUCGCUCUACGCUCUCUUCCUCUUCUACUUCGCCACGCGUGAACUGCUCGUCCCAUACAGCCCCGUGCUCAAGUUCUUCAUGGUCAAGUCGGUCAUCUUCCUCUCCUUCUGGCAGGGGAUGCUGCUGGCCAUCCUGGAGAAGUGCGGAGCCAUCCCUCAGAUCAGCUCUGCUGACUUCUCAGUGGGCGAGGGAACAGUUGCUGCCGGUUACCAAAACUUCAUCAUCUGCAUCGAGAUGUUCUUUGCUGCUGUCGCUCUGCGCCAUGCCUUUACUUACAAAGUCUACAUGGAUAAAAGACUGGACUCAUACGGCUCAUUUCCUAUCUAUGGACAGUACGGUCGCUGCGCCCCAAUGAAGAGCAUCUCCAGCAGCCUGAAGGAGACCAUGAAUCCAGGGGACAUGGUCCAGGAUGCCAUACAUAACUUCUCCCCAGCUUAUCAGCAGUACACCCAGCAGUCCACGCUGGACCGGAGCGGGGGGCCACCGCUCUCCCGCAGCCACAGUAACCUCAGCACUCGCGGGGACAACGAAAAGACCCUGCUGCUCAGCUCUGACGACGAGUUCUGAGACUCAGACGUGCACUCAGAAGGUCAUUUUACCCCCCCGGUAGCCCAUAUUGAAUUUUUAGCAGCUGUGUGACAAAUCAGAUCUUUCGUUCCAACCUGAGCACGGAAGAUCAGAUUCUGUUUUUGGGGUUUUCUUUUUCACAUUUAGACAUUGCGGCUAGCAGACUGCAGGGAGGUGUUUUACAAGGAAAAGAGGAAAUGAGAGGAGACAGAGGGAGCAUGAAGAGGACGGACGUGUUGUUUACAAAUAAAGUUAGGGUGAAGGGAGGUCGGGGGCAUUUAUGAUAAAGGCCAUUACUGACAGAAAUACAAUAUCUACAUUCAUCCAUGGAUCCAUGACGAUGGAUCAGUACAAAUAACCGUGCCUGCAUCCAGCAUCCUUUAUGCUGCACUUUAGACACCAUGGCAAAAAAACAAAAAACCCCAUCAGAUGUAAAAUGUUCACAAGUGCCAUCCUCUUCUGAAAAACAUGGCCUCCUUCGUUCUUUAGCUUUUAUAUUGAUUCUUAAUACAGACUCCUCCUCACCCCUCUGCCAACUCUGCCUCUUAACGUUGCCAAAUAGAGGGAGCUUCAGUUAAUGAGACACUGUCUUCAGAUGUAGAGCUGAUUUAUAGUCAAGAAAACUAAGGAGCCUUUGUAUUGCAGGGCUUCAUUUUAAUAUAUAAGAAUUUAAUCGCAAAUAUUUUUUUUAUUUAAACGUUGUAUGACCUUGAAGGUAUAACUCAUUUAAAGACUAGUGUGUUGGAAAAUUCUUAUUCCAGAAAUGUUAUAAAUAUUCUGUGUAUGUUUUCAUCUUUUGUUGGGGAUUCAUAUGAACAAGUGAAUCAUGAGCGUAAUAGUGUGACUGCGGCUGAUGGCCACGGCUUGAGCUCCUCCCACAAUGUUAUUGUUUGUGGAGCUCGGAGAGAACAGCUGUAGCAGAGACAUUAGUGUGGGCAGAGGGACUGACGGAAAAACAACACCCACACACAGAUUACAGAUUACCGAAGAAGCAACACUUCCCCGCAGACCCGGCCCAGCUGUGACCUGCUGUGGACUGUAUUCCCGUAAUUAAGGGCGUUACAGGCAGCACAGAUCAAGCCUGCCUCUGCUGGUACAGUUUGUAACGGCGUCACUGCUGGAGGAGUCGUGAGUCAGGACAUAGGUCACUACAGACAAAUAAGGAUGUCAGUGCAAACAAGGCUUUAAAUCUGACUGUACUCACAUCCUGAAUAGAAACACUUGGGCAUUAAAAGCUGGUUCGCAAGAGGGACAGAGUGUUUCGGUACAGUAAGAAAAUAUAUAUGUUAAAGUGGCAAUCUCAAAGAUUUUCAUUAAAAUAGGUCCGUUUAAAUCUAUCGCUGAAUGAGUCCUUGCAUUUUACAGUUUUCUGAACUGAGUGUCUGGUGAGACUCACCCGCCAAAUCACAAGGAACACAAGUCACUAACACAGUGUGGUUUAAUAACAAACCUGUAAUUGCGGUGUAUGGCCAUAGGUGUCGCCAAAGAUAAUGAAACAGAUCUUCAAGCUAGCUGCUUCAAAGGGACACUGAAGCAGAAAACAUUGAUCCAUGGUGGUGAAGCAGGCCUGCCAUCCUCCUGUCCCUCUUCUGUUAUCUUUUUCCAAAAGAUAAUACAAAGUGUAUUUGAGCUGAUUGUUCAUACUGUCAUCAGCUAUGGUUUAAUAUGCGUUUUAGCAGCAGCCGACAUUGCAGUUGCUUGUGGUUGUGGUAUUAAAUAUUUAAUGGCAGAGCACAGUGGUGUAAAAGCUGAGUAGAUCCUUUGGACACAUGACAUAAGGCCCAACGCUGCCUUUUAAAUGUGCGCUAAGCAUUUUAUGUUUAUGUUGAGAGCAGAAUCCAAACAGGUGUAACUCUAGUCGACUGACUGCAGGUGAACAUAGUGCAGCACAGUCUUUAUGCACGAUGAAUGCAGUCAGGAUGAUCUUUUACAUCUUCGUGAAGAGAAAAACGUCUUUCAUUAGAAUAUAUGUCACUUCAGACCUAUAUUCUAAUGAAAUAUAGGUCUAUGGUAUUUGUGAAUUUUUGAAUCCACCAUUAGUGGAUAUAAAAGUUGGUUUCCGGCUGUAGCUGCUAACCCGUAUCCUUUCCAACCACCUCCUGCACUCAAUAAUUAACGCAUCUCGUUAUCCAUCUCUCUGCUGAGCCUGCAGUGAUUCAGUUAGAGGCAAAAGUUGAGUGAAUUUAUUCUAUUAAUUUAACAUUAACUUAGUGGUAUUGAAAAAGUGACAUUCACUGCCUUACACUUUGCCCCGAGGCAACAGCACAUCAGACUCGAGCCUCUUGAUUCAAAACACUAUCAAAUGAUAAUUUUGAUACUAUGUGAUUUAAGCGCUGGAUGUUAAUUGUAAAGCUGAAUAUUUUAAAUCGGGAAAUAUUAUACCAGAAAGGAAAGAAUGUUGUAAAUAGUUAAUCUAAGCACUGCGAAACAUUCAUGGUGAUGACUGUAAUGGCAUUGCUUGGUAUAGUGCUUCGUUUUAAUAUUUUUGUGUUUUUAAUAUUUUAAUUUUCAUAUAUUCUCCUGAUUUAUUUCUGUUGCAUACUUUUUAAUUUGUAUAUUGGUAAUAUCUCAUGUUUUGAUGCUAUAAUGGUUUCUGUUGGUGUUGAAAAGGAAAUAAAAGACAAAA